CACACACACGCACGCACCGCACACACACACACACACACACACGCACACGGCAGUCCAUACAGUGAUUGCAAUGAUGACAUCGCCACAACAAGCCACCGCGCUCAUGGAGACGCCGCGGCUGACGACGGCGCUGCGCACGUUCACGAGCUACAGCGAGGAUGAGGAAUUCGCGCAAGGUGUUCUCUCGGACCAGGAGCUGGAGGCGCUGAUCCAACGAAAGAAGGCCAAGCAGCACGCAGAUCUGGAUGAGUCCGAGGUGAGCGACGCAGAGGACACAGAGUCAGCUGCAGCGAGUAAGCAGCAGGAUAGCAGCGGUGGGCAGGAUGUCGUGAUGGCAGAGUUUGGCGUCAAGGUGGCCUUUGACAAGGUUCAGUCACAGACGCUGGACGAGCUGCUGCUGGAGGCCCAGCGGUACCGUGCACGCGAGCGCGCUCGCCAGCUGCAAACAGCGCGGCGCGUGCAAGCUGAGGAGCAGGCAAAGGCCACCAAGGUUCUCCUCACGAGCGCACGCAAGCCGGGCCAGCGCAAAGCGAAACAGCCGCAGCAGGCUGCAGCCCCGAAAGCGCCGUCAUCAUCAUCAUCGCCGCCAUCGUCGUCCGCAUCAGCACAACAAGCCGCUGCAUCUGGUGGACCAGGUGCGCACCUGCCCCGCAAGUGGCUGCGACAGAAGUGCCGCCAGCAUUUUGACACCGCUGCUGCAGACAACAUCCGCGCGGCCGUGUUUGAUCUUCUUGCCGGCCCAAAGUCCACAGACGAAUUGCAGAACGACCUCUUCGACCUCCUGGGCUUUGAGAGGUUUGAGUUGAUCCAGGAGCUGCUGGAGAAGCGUGUGGACAUUGUCGCCGCCGAGGAGCGCGCAGUCAUGGAGACUGCUGCUAGCGCGUCGUCGUCUUCUCGUAAAUCCCGCAACCAGCCGCAGCUGCCAAUGCAAGCGGGACCCAUCGGCCCGGGCGUUGUCAUCAUGUCUGAAGCAGAGAAGAAGCUCAUGAAAAAGCACAGGCGCGAGGAGCGAAAGCAAGCGCGUGCCGUGGCCAAGGCGAAGAAGCAGCUUGAAGAGGAAGGCGGCGACGCAUCGGACAUCAAGUCCAUCCUCGGUUUCGAUCCAGAAGCUGCGCGGUUGGCGCGUGAACGACAGCUCGCCCGCGCCGCUGCCCGGAGCGUCUUUGCAUCGCCGUCCACAGCGCAGCGUGUGGAGGAUCGGCCCAAGUAUCCGUUUGUGUUUGAUUCCGCACUUGAAAACCGCUUGAAGGGCGCGUAUGUGUACGGUGCAAAGGUGAUGCUGCCUGCUGAUGCGACGCGCACCGACAGCAAAACGCACGAGUCCAUUGUCAUUCCACCGGUUCAGCGUCGCGCGCCCAUGACGGGGGAGCGACGGGUGGCCGUCCACGACCUCAACUACGUUGGGCAGCUCGCCUUCCAGGGAUACGAGAGCCUCAACCGCAUCCAGAGCAUUGUCUUUGACACCGCUUACACGACAAACCACAACCUCCUCAUCUGUGCCCCAACUGGUGCCGGAAAGACAAACAUCGCCAUGCUCACCGUCCUUCGCUGCAUCGAGCAGCACAUUGAGCAAGGCGUUGUACAGAAGGACAAGUUCAAGAUUGUGUACAUUGCUCCAAUGAAGGCCCUUGCAGCAGAAAUGACAGAAACAUUCGGACGGAGGCUGGCGCCGCUCAACCUGGCAGUGCGGGAGCUGACGGGUGACAUGCAGCUGACCAAGGCCGAGAUCAUCCGCACGAACAUGCUCGUGACAACGCCAGAGAAGUGGGAUGUGGUGACGCGCAAAGGGAUGGGCGAUGUUGCGCUGACGCAGCUGGUCAAGCUGCUGAUCAUUGACGAGGUGCAUCUCCUCCACGACGAGCGCGGUGCUGUGAUCGAGUCACUCGUGGCCCGCACCCUUCGCCAGGUCGAGAGCUCCCAGUCCAUGAUCCGUAUUGUUGGCCUGUCCGCCACCCUCCCAAACUACGUGGACGUCGCCAACUUUCUCCGCGUGAACCCGCACAAGGGCCUGUUCCACUUUGACGGCGGGUUCCGGCCCGUGCCGCUGCAGCAGUCGUUUGUCGGCGUCAAGGGCAAGAACAGGUUUGCCGUCAACGAUGAGAUGGACAAGCUGUGCUUCGACGUGGUGCUGGAGAACGUCCUGCGCGGGGAGCAGGUGAUGGUGUUUGUGCACUCGCGCAACGGCACGCUCAACACCGCCGCGCGCCUCAUUGACCUCGCCACCAAGGAGAACCAGAUGGCCGCAUUCGACUGCUCCGACAGCAAGGAGUUUCCUCUCGCCCAGAAGGCCUUUGCCCGCUGCAAACACAAGCAGCUCAAGUCCUUCCUCGGAAACGGAUUCGCGGUCCACCACGCCGGCCUGCUUCGCUCCGAUCGAAACGUCGUUGAGAAGUACUUUGCAAAGAAGCUCAUCAAGGUGCUUGUGUGCACGGCCACGCUUGCCUGGGGUGUGAACCUUCCAGCACACGCUGUCGUCAUCAAAGGCACGGAGCUCUAUGAUGCGACGCGCGGUCAAAUCGUCGAUUUGGGCAUUCUUGACGUGCAACAGAUCUUUGGCCGAGCGGGGCGACCGCAGUUUGACACGUUUGGGGAGGCGACACUGAUGACAACGCACGACAAGCUGAGCCACUACAUCACGCGCAUCAUGAACCAGCGGCCCAUCGAGUCAAACUUCCUCUCCCGGCUGCCAGACAACCUCAACGCCGAGGUGGCGCUGGGCACGGUGACAGACGUCAGGGAGGCGGUGGCCUGGCUAAGCUACACGUACCUGUACGUGCGCAUGCUGAAGAACCCCCAUGUGUACGGGCUGACACCAAAGGAGGCGAAUGAGGACGUGAUGCUGGAGCGCCACCGCGAGAAGAUGAUCAUUGAAGCGGCACGACAGCUCGACGACCGGCGCAUGCUGCGGUUCCAGGAGACGGCCGGGUACCUCAGCAGCACCGAUGUGGGCAGGAUUGCCAGCCACUUUUACAUCAGCGCAGAGACAAUUGAGAUGUACAACACGGCGUUUAAGCCGCACAUGGCCGAAGCAGAACUCAUUACUAUGGUCGCAAAGUCGUCAGAGUUUACCCAAAUCAAGGUGCGAGACGAAGAGCUUGACGAGCUCGAUUACCUCAAGCGCGAGUACUGUGUCCUCCACCCCGUCCUCGGCGGAUCAGAGAACACGUACGGCAAGGUCAACAUCCUCCUGCAGGCCUACAUCUCGCAAGCGCCCCUGCGCUCGUUCUCGCUCACCUCCGACAUGAAUUACGUAGCAAAGAACGCCGGCCGUCUGCUGCGUGGUCUCUUUGAGAUUGCGCUGCGCCGCAGCCUGGCAACACUUGUGCCCAAGCUGCUCACGCUCUGCCUGUGCGUGGACCGCCGCCUGUGGUGGCACAUCAACACGCCCCUGCGGCAGCUCGGCAACUUCCUGCCCAACGAGAUGUACAAUAAGAUUGAGGGGCGUGGCAUGGAUCUGUUUGAGAUUCUCGACAUGCCCGAAGACGAACUCGGUCACUGGCUGCGGCACGUGCGCAUGGGAGACAAGGUGAAGCAAGCUGCGCAAUUGAUACCGAUGAUUGAGAUGGAUGCUGUCAUCCGUCCGGUCACACGGACGGUCCUGAAGGUCAUUCUCACCAUCGAGCCCGCUUUCAACUGGCGCACCCGCUUCCACGGCAAAUCCCAGUCGUGGUGGAUCAUCGUCGAGGACCCGGACACGGAGCACCUGUACCACACGGAGCUGUUUUCCCUCCAGGCAGACAAGUGUCUUGCACGCAACGAAUCCGACCGCCUGCAAACGCUGGAGUUCACCAUCCCCAUCUUCGAGCCGCUGCCGACGCAGUACUUUGUGCGCGCCAUGUCCAACCACUGGCUCGGCUCCGAGACGGUGAUCCCGCUCUCCUUCCGCGACCUCAUUCUCCCGCAGUUGCACCCGCCGCACACGCCCCUGCUCGACCUGCAGCCGCUGCCAACAGCAGCACUACACGACAAGAAGCUUGAGGCGCUCUACCCGUACACGCACUUCAACCCCGUGCAGACGCAGGUGUUCCACACGCUGUACCACACGGACCACAACGCCCUGGUCGGCGCGCCCACUGGCUCCGGCAAGACGGUUGCCGGCGAGCUGGCCAUCUACCGCGUAAUGCGCGAAUACCCGGGGAAGAAGGCUGUGUACAUCGCCCCUCUCAAGGCGCUUGUUCGCGAGCGCAUUGAGGAUUGGAAGGUCCGGUUUGGGGAGAAGCUUGGCAAGAAGGUGGUUGAGUUGACUGGCGACGUGACGCCGGAUGCUCGCGCCAUCGAGCGUGCAGAUGUCAUUGUCACCACACCUGAGAAGUGGGAUGGCAUUUCCCGCUCGUGGCAGAGCAGAAACUACGUUCGCAAGGUUGUGCUGCUGGUGAUUGAUGAGAUCCACCUCCUUGGUGGCGACCGUGGUCCCGUGCUGGAAGUGAUUGUGUCGCGUACAAACUACAUUUCGGCGCACACCGCACACAAAGUGCGUGUUGUGGGCCUGUCCACUGCACUCGCCAACGCGCACGACCUGGCCAACUGGCUCGGCAUCACGCGCGCCGGCCUGUUCAACUUCAAGCCAAGCGUGCGCCCCGUGCCGCUCACCAAGCACAUCCAGGGCUUCCCCGGCAAGCACUACUGCCCGCGUAUGGCGAGCAUGAACAAGCCCGCAUACUCUGCCAUCCGCACGCACUCGCCCACGAAGCCAGCGCUCAUCUUCGUGUCGAGUCGCCGGCAGACGCGUCUCACCGCCCUCGACCUCAUCUCCUGCUGCGUCUCCGACGACCAGCCGAAGCAGUGGCUGCACAUGAGCGAGGUUGAGAUGGAAUCCCUCCUCACCACCAUCCGCGAUGCGAACCUGCGGCACGCGCUCAGCUUUGGCAUCGGCAUGCACCACGCUGGUCUGCACGAGCGCGAUCGCAAGGUGGUUGAGGAGCUGUUCUUGAAUCAGAAGAUCCAGGUCCUUGUCGCCACCGCAACGCUGGCGUGGGGUGUCAACUUGCCUGCCCAUCUCGUGAUUGUGAAAGGAACGGAGUUCUUCGACGGAAAGACGAAGCGCUACGUCGACUUUGACAUCACAGAUGUGCUGCAGAUGACGGGACGCGCCGGCCGCCCGCAGUUUGACGAUCACGGUGUUGCUGUCAUCUUUGUCCAGGACACGAAGAAGCAUUUCUACAAGAAGUUUAUGCACGAGCCCUUCCCUGUGGAGAGCAGCCUUGCUGAGCAGCUGCCAAACCACAUCAACGCAGAGAUUGUUGCCGGCACCAUCACCUCGAAGCAGGAGGCGAUGGACUACCUGACGUGGACGUAUUUCUACCGCAGACUGGUCAUGAACCCGAGCUACUACGGUCUCACUGACACGUCACAGGAUGACAUCAACCAGUUCUUGUCCGAGCUUGUUGAGCACACGGUUGCAGAGUUGGAGGCGUCGCGGUGUGUGGUGAUCGAUGACGACCAGAUGUCGCUUGAGCCGGAUGUGUUUGGGCGCAUUGCAUCCUACUACUAUCUCCAGCACGAGACGAUGCGCCUCUUUGACCGCGAGAUUGUCGACCACAUGAACAUCCAGAACAUCCUCAAGGUUCUGGCGCAUGCGAAGGAGUUUGAGGAGCUGCCUGUGCGCCACAAUGAAGACCAACUCAACGCCAUCUUGGCCAAGCAGUGUCCGAUCGAGGUUCCCGCAAGUGCACUCGAUGAUCCACACGUCAAGACGCACCUCCUUCUCCAGGCCCACUUUGCACGACUGCAACUGCCCAUCGCUGACUACCGCACGGACACCAAGUCUGUGCUGGACCAGUGCAUGCGUGUGCUUCAAGCGAUGGUGGACGCGGCUGCCGACGCCGGCUUCCUCGCCACCGCUCUCAACAUUAUGCACUUGGCGCAGAUGGUUGCGCAAGGGCGCUGGUUCAGUGACUCCUCGCUCCUUGCCCUGCCGUUCAUCGAGCCUGCCCAUGUGGAUGUGUUUGCGCGUAUGAACCCGAGCGUGCUCGUGCUGCCACAGCUGGUGCACUUUGCCAGCGAGGACCGUCGGCAAGCGAAACAGCUGCUGCGGCGGGUGCUGGAUGAGGGUCGUGCUCACAAGGUCCUCUCUGCGCUGGACGGCCUUCCCCGUAUCCGCGUCUCCAUCGCCAUGCACGGUGUGGAUGCAAGCAAGCUCGCCACAGACUCCGAAUACACGCUCAAGGUUGAGCUGCGUCGCGACAACCCCACGCGAAAGCGGGCGGCGGUGGCGCCACGCUUCCCCAAGCCCAUUGACGAGAGCUGGUGGCUCGUCAUCGGCAAUGAGGCGACCGGGGAGCUGGUUGCUCUGAAACGCAUGGGCCCCAUCCUCAACUCUGCCACCACCACCAUCACCUUCUACACCCCAGAGGAGCCUGGAGCGCAUGGGUAUUCGUUCUACUUGAUGUCCUCCACGUAUCUUGGGCUGGACCAGCAGCUCUCGUUCCGCUUCACGUGCACAGAACAGCACGACAACGACAACGACAACGACGACGACGACGACGACGACGACGAUGAGAGCAUGUUUGAUGCGAAGACGAGGAUGAGGGGUGUGGCUGUGAAGGAGGUUUCGCCAGAAGUCAAGGCUUGAUGAAUUAUGGCCGUAUCUUCCAAUAAAUCUACGCAACUCGCGA